AUGCCUCUUGGUCCCCAUCAUUGUUACCCUGCCACGAUCCUCACUGCGUCGUCGACGGUCGUCGCCCCGCGAUGGACGGAGUACGGCGAGCCCGUGACGAACCACGUCGUCAACGUGGCGACAGAAGCGGACGUGCAAGCCACUGUCUUCUGCGCCAACGCCCACGACAUCCCCUUCCUCGCCCAAGCCGGCGGCAACGCCUGGAGCACCACCUGGACCCUGACCAACACGACCACCCCCUCCAUCCUCAUCAACCUCCGCGCCCUCAACGCCAUCACCUUCUCCCCGACCCGCACAACCGUCACCGUGCAAGGCGGCACCCUGACCUCCGAGCUCCUGGCCGCCGCCUACGCACACGACGCACAGGUCGUGACCGCGAAUUGCGACUGCGUCGGGGUGAUGGGCGCCCUGCUCGGGGGCGGGUACAGCCGCAUGAUGGGGGAAAGGGGGUACAUGAUCGACAACGUUCUCUCACUAGACGUCGUGCUAGCAACCGGGACGCGGGUGACGGUGACGGCGCGCUCGCACCCGGAGCUGUGGUGGGCGCUGCGCGGCGCCGGCGCCAACUUCGGGGUAGUCACCUCGGCGGUCUUCCGCUCCUACCCGACCCCACGAACUGAGAACCACGCCUGGCUGGGCAGCCUGGUCUUCAGCGAGGACAAGCUCGAAGCGUUGGUGGCGGCGAUCAACGACCUCCCGCUGAGCCCCCAGAUGGCCAUCUUCCUCUACUUCGCCACCACCGGCGCCCCGGACUACACGCCGGCCAUCAUCGCGUUCCCGUUCUACCUGGCCCGCGCGGGCGCCAACACGACGACGACGAUGACGGAGGAAGCCCGCGCCGCGUUCCGCGCGAUCCUCGCGCUGGGCCCGCUCUCCGACACGACCGCCUGGACACCCUACGACCGGGUCAACGCGGGCAGCGGCGCGUUCUGCGCCGCCGGCGGCCGCAAGAUCAGUCUGGGGUCCGCGCAGCGGACCCUCGACCCGGCCGCGUGGCGCGCGAUCUGGACCUCGUUCACGCGGUGGGUGGCCGCGUCCGGCGGCGACCAGGUGGGGAACUCGACCGUCCUGAUGGAGGCGUACAGUCUGGGGCGCGCGAGCGCCGUCGCCGCGGACAGCGCGGCGUACGCGUGGCGUGCGUCCAGUCGGUUCAAUACCGUCGCCAUCGCCUGGUAUCAGGAUCCCGCGCUGGAUGCGUCGGCGCGGCAGUGGGCGGGGGACGUGCGUGCGGUGUGGAGGGAGACGAGUGGGUUGAGUGGGAAUUCGACGUAUAUCAAUUUCGCGUUUGGGGAUGAGAGUCUCGAGGAUAUUUAUGGGGAUCAUUUGGAGAGGUUGCGGUUGUUGAAGAGGGUCUACGAUCCCCAGAAUCGAUUUAAUCAGUUCUUUCCACUGGCGUAAGGGGUGGGUGGGUAGGUUAUUCCUGUUCUGGUGUGGAUUUAAGAUGUAUUGUACUGGAUGCGUCCUCUGUACAUGACUUGAGCGAAUGCACGCGAUGUCUUGAAUGAGGUUUGAGGACUACGAAGUAGAUGGUGAGA